AUGGCAAAUCAGAAGAUAAAGUACUCAGUAUUUUUGGAAAAAAACAUCUUCCAUGUAUUAAAUGAUGUUGCAAUGUCCGGUGGUGGUGCAGAGGCGGUCAAACAGCUGGUGGAGAAGUUUUUAGAAACUGGCAUAGUGAACCCUACAGCUCGGAUGUUCUCCCCCUUGGUUACGAGUUACUUACUGAACGAUAAUGUUUCGGGAGCUCUUGACUGCGUUAUAGAAACUCACAACAAGUAUCAGAUUGUUGCCAGACUCCAUGAUGUACUUGUAAAACUUGUUGAAGUUGGUGACAAGGAACAGUUACAGAAAGCUAUGAUGUUCUGUAUGCAGUCAGUCGGCGAUGCCAAUGCGCUUUAUGAUUUAGUAUUUGCAUUUCUAUCAGCCGGGAAAUACGAUCAAGCACGGAGAGUUAUUGAGAAACCAGGUUUUCGGUAUAGAGCACAACGUGUGGAAUGGUACGCGACUAAAUGCAUCAAAACGGGUUUCGAAAAACAGUUGGAGGAAUUGGUGGAGAUUACAAAAGACCUGUUUGAAUGUGACCGAGACAACAUGUACUUCCAUUUGCUGAAACUUUAUGGAAAUAAAAAUGAUUGGCAAAAAUGUCUCGAUGUUUGGACCAGACUACAAGAGGAGCAGGUGACUGUGCGGCCGAGAACUAUGAAAUACUUGGCGGAUAUACUACGAAAGAAUGGGCAAGAAGUGACCUUUGAAACACCCAAGAUAACUAUGAAUCCAGACGCAGCUAUUGAAACAGUACGAGAAGAACUGAUUGAAAAGAAGAUACCACCUGGUGCUGUUGGUACAAAGGCACUGUUUAAAAAACUUAUUGUGAAUAAUUUCGAAUUAGAUAAAGCUCGGGAUUACUAUAAAGUUGAGUUUUAG